AUGGCCUCCAUCACCCUCCCUUCCCUCCUCCGCACAUCUGCGCGCUCAUUGCGGCGGAGCGCCAAUCUCCCCGCAUUCGCCCCAGCUUUUGCGCGCAACCUAUCAACGAAGCACCCAGCGGGUUUUGAGCCCCCAACCGAAGAGGAUUUGCUAGAGCUGCGCGAGCGAGUUCAGGAAUUUACUCGGCGAGAGAUUUCGGCCGAGGUUGCCGCACGGACGGAUGAAUUGAACGAGUUUCCUGCAGACAUGUGGAAGAAGUUGGGUGAUGCCGGUUUCCUUGGAAUUACCGCCAACGAGGAGUAUGGUGGUUUGGGAAUGGGCUAUCAGGCCCACUGCGUGGUGAUGGAAGAAAUCAGUCGUGCAUCUGGAAGUAUCGGUCUGUCCUAUGCCGCUCACUCCCAACUCUGUGUCAAUCAACUUUCUUUGAAUGGCUCCGCCGAACAAAAGGAACGAUUCUUGCCGGGCCUGCUUUCCGGUGAUAAAAUCGGUGCUCUCGCCAUGUCUGAGCAUUCGGCGGGCUCUGAUGUUGUCAGCAUGAAAACCACCGCAAAGGAGGUCGAUGGUGGCUGGGUACUCAACGGAACAAAGAUGUGGAUCACCAACGGUCCCGAUGCAGACUUUAUUGUCGUCUAUGCCAAGACUGAGCCCGAGAAGGGUUCCAAGGGCAUCUCGGCUUUCGUCGUAGAGAAGACUUUCAAGGGCUUCUCAUGUGCUCGGAAGCUGGACAAACUCGGCAUGCGCGGCUCUAACACCGGCGAGCUCGUUUUUGAGGAUGUCUUUGUCCCGCGUGAGAACCUACUAGGUGAACUGAACAAGGGUGUCAAAGUCCUCAUGGAAGGCCUGGAUCUGGAGCGACUCGUUCUGAGCGCAGGACCUCUUGGCAUUAUGCAAGCCUGCCUCGACCUAGUCCUUCCAUACAGCCACAUCCGAAAGCAAUUCGGCACCCCGAUUGCCCACAACCAAUUGAUCCAGGGUAAAUUGGCCGACAUGUACACAAAGCUAGCAGCCUCGCGGGCAUACACUUACGCCACCGCCCGGGAAGUUGAUAAUGGCGCCGCUUCUCCUAAUCCACUGGUCAUUCGCACUCAGGACUGCGCUGGCGCGAUCCUGUAUGCUGCUGAGCGUGCUACUGAGUGCUCAUUAGAUGCUAUCCAGCUCAUGGGUGGAAAUGGGUAUAUCAAUGAGAUUCCGGCUGGGCGAUUGCUUCGCGACGCGAAGUUGUAUGAGAUUGGAGCUGGUACGAGUGAGAUUCGCCGGAUGGUUAUUGGUCGUGCGUUCAAUAAGGAGUAUGCUUAG